AUGGCAUUGAAGCGUAUUAACAAAGAAUUACUUGAACUCGAAAAAGAUCCACCAGCCAAUUGCAGUGCCGGCCCAGUUAACGAUGACAUGUUUCAUUGGCAGGCAACAAUAAUGGGACCGGGUGAUAGUCCGUUUCAAGGUGGCGUUUUCUUUCUUUCAAUUCAUUUCCCGGCCGACUAUCCAUUCAAACCACCCAAAAUCACAUUUACAACCAAAAUUUUUCAUCCAAAUAUCAAUUCAAAUGGAGCUAUUUGCCUUGACAUUCUUCGUUCACAAUGGUCACCAGCUCUAACCAUUUCUAAAGUGUUACUUUCAAUUUGUUCACUACUCUGCGAUCCGAAUCCAGAUGAUCCAUUAGUACCCGAUAUCGCUCGUACAUACAAAACGGAUAAGGAAAAAUAUAAUGCUACGGCGCGACAGUGGACUCAAAAAUAUGCCAUGUAG